AUGAAUAAACUGAAUUUGUUAUGGAGUAAAGCGCGUCAGCGGUUAACAGAAACAAAACUGAAAUCAUUGUACAGCGAUCUGAUGAUACAAGAUAAAGAAGAGUUAAUACAGAAAAGAUUAAAUAGUGAGGGUGGUGACAAAGAGGGAUUGAAAGAGGCGGAACUACGGCGUAAGCUUACCAAUAUCAUGUCAGCCUAUGGAUUGUUACACCACUUUGAUCCAGAUGCACCCAAACAGAAAGAACAUCCAGCGUAUAAUUCUGCAACUGAUGACUACAUAAACAAAAGUAUAUUCAAGGACAAGAAACUGAACUAUUUGUGGUCAAAGGCGGAGAAUUCAGGAUUUACACAUGAAGAGCUGAUAGCAUUGAGAGAAGAGUUCUCUCAUCAUCAGGAGAAAAUAGACCAGUACUAUGACUUGUUUGAUGAUAACUCUGGCAAGGAUGAUGGGUUCAAAAAUGUCAUAAACGAAGAUGAGUUGGACAAGUUCAAUGAAAUCAGUGAGCACACCAAUGAAAUGACAAAGGACUUCAUAGGUAAAGCUAAUGCGAUCAGAGAGAAGCACAGAGAUCUCCGGGAUGGAUAUGACAAGCUGCAAAGAGUUAUUGCCAAAGGACCCAACAACAGAGAGUUCAUAGAACCCAAGGUCCAAGGAUUGUGGAAAAUUGCUGUAGCUGCGAACUUCACUGUAGAUGAACUUGCUUCUUUAAAGGUGGAACUACAGCACUACGAGUCGCGGCUGCUGAAGCUUCGCCACUUACGAGCGGACCAUGUAAGCAAUCGUGAAAAGCAUAAGAGCAAGGUAGCAGCAGCUGGAGACAAGAUCAACCAUUUUGAAGAGCAAGAACAAAUGAUCAAGAAACAUUCUAGAAAGGUAGAGAAAAUGCACAGCGACCUAGAGAGCAGAAUAUUAGAGCGUCAUACAGAGCUAUAA